GUCAAGCUGAGUGCAGUGACCGGAACCCUCGCUCUAUAAAUGUAUCAGCUUCGAGCCUCAAUCAGGGAGUGAGUAGUCCACUUGAUUCCGCUGACCUGGAGUAGACUGAAGUCACGAGGCACCGCGAGAAAUCGACAGUGAAAUCAACGCAACUCACUCACUCCAUCAAAAUCAUGGAGUUGCAGCUUUUCACUGUGAUCUGCAGCAUCUUGCUGCUGGCUCCACAGUUUGACAUUGCAUCUGCAGACAGCCGAGAAGACUGCUUAUUGUUACCAGACCCAGGACCCUGUAAGGCCUCGUCUCAUCGCUAUUAUUACAACAGAUACACUCAGCAGUGUGAGAAAUUUAUCUAUGGUGGAUGCAGGGGUAAUGAAAAUAACUUUGAAUCUGUAAGGGAGUGCACAUUGCAUUGCCGAAGAAUUAAAAAGGUUCCCAAAAUUUGCAGGUUGGAGGCAGAUGUAGGACCAUGUCGCGCUUCCUUUACCAGGUAUUUCUAUAACUUUACAACAGCUCAAUGUGAGGACUUUGUGUUUGGUGGCUGCUAUGGAAACGCUAAUAACUUCAAAGACAUUUCAACUUGCCUGAAGGAGUGCAAACCAAUAUCAGUUGCACCCUCAUUCUGUAUCAAGCCCAAAGACAGAGGACAUUGUGCAGCUGAUAUCCUGCGGUUUUACUUCAACGAAGAGAAAGGCUCUUGUGAGACAUUCAGUUACUCUGGCUGUGGUGGAAAUGACAAUAACUUUAUUUCUCUUAAAAUUUGCCAAAAGAUAUGUCAACCACCUGACAGAAAAACAGUGAAAAUCAAGAAUGUUCCUGCACCUAAGAAAAUUAAACUAAAUCGAAGAAAGCAGUUUUUAAGAAAUCCGAAGAGGAAGAAUUAAAUGCUUAACUUUCUUAGCAAAAAGCUCCAGGUCUAGAGUUCUUGCAGUUUUUUUUAAAAACCUUGAUUAAAAAUCUAGACUGAAGUCAACUUUUGCUCCAUAUAUUUUAAACAUGACAAGAGGCGAUACAAUUGACAUCAAAUCCUCCCAAAGUAUUCUUAGUGUAGAGAUCUCUUCAGAUUAUGCUUCUGUUACAUUUAUUUGGGUGUCACUAAUUUUGUUUAAGAAAAUAACGUAAAAAGGAAAGGAAAUUAAAGGAAUGAUUUGAUGCACCAACUGAACAUUUUUCAUUCCAUGCUUUUUUAUAUAAUUCUAAUAGAAGCUGCUAGAUGGCUGAUACCAUACAUUUAGAAUGGAGGAAUUUAAGAUGUGGAUCAUAUUAGUUAAUAUCUUGCUGCAAGAUGUGUGCACCUUUUUCUCCUUAAUUAAUCAUUUCAUUGGAGAAGAUAUUAUCGUAGUCCAUUUCCUGUCUUCUCUUUGGUGACUCAUUUAAAUUCAUGUAAACAUAAAACUUCUGAUUUAUUUAUUCCUCUCAUAUUAUCUCUUCAAUUCAGAAACACCAGCAAUUUAACUCUGUUACCAUAUUUGAAUGGUUCUAACCUCUACUUUAGGCUAUUUGUGACUGAUACUGACAGAGCUAGGACAUAGACAUCAGUGCCAUUUGUGAGCAGAGUUAUACAAGGGAAGCUUGAGCUCUGCUCUAAAAGGAAAAUCUUUGCAAAGCCAUUGAUGUUUUUGGUCAAUGAGCUUACAUUUUUGCUUUAAAUGGUUAGACUCACUUUGAAUCCUAUAAUUGUUUAAUGGUUACUGAAUUAUUUUAAAAGGCUAUUUUUAGUAAUAAAAUAUAUAUUGAAUACAUUAAAGAUAUAUGAAUUACUAGAAAUUAUUCUUAGAAUAAGGGAAAUCUGGUAACCUUCAAAGAUAUUCCUGGUGGAAUAAAUUCUGUAUUGCAACUCGCUGUUGUGAGCUUUCACUAUAAAGCAGGGAACAUUAUAUGUACUGAAACCUUAAAAUAAUAAAAUUGAAUGAAUAGCAAAUGA